GGUCCUGAAAACCUGAAAAAAAAUCUUUAAACCAGCAACAAAGCCAUGAACGCACGUGAGGCAUAGCCUGCGGCGAACACCUGAAAGAUCAGUACCUACUCUUCUUUUUGAAGUGGACGGAACUGACGUCACGCACUUUAUGUUUUCAAGUCGGGGGAAUUGUGUGUGUGUGUGUGUGUGUGUGCCCGCCUUGGUCCGAGGAAGGCGGGAUCUGGAUCGCACCUCGAACUGACGUUUCGCUCGGACGUGUGACUGCAACCGAGGCUUGUGCGUGCACGUGAAAAAGGAGGAAUAAACGCGGCGUGGACACACCCGCGGGAUAUGAUAUGAUCCCCACGAAACUUGUGCCAGAGAAGCGGACCUCUUUGAGUUUUGGGUCCAACCCCUCGCAACUCGACUACACCUAUUGCCUCCGGUCAUUUAAACCUGCUUGAGUGUCAGCUCGCGCACAAGAAACGUUUCCAGCAUUCGAUACUUGGGAGUAGAGGAACAAGGGAGAAGCGAGCAGGGGACAGUGCACAGCUUCAGGGCAAUGCAGCUUUUGUAGACUUGAAGGUCUUUUUGCAAGUUUUUAAACGAGGGGACUCGAGAUCAUUUAGACUCAUCUUUGAGGAUCUGGCAUCCUACAAGAUAGAUCUGGCAUCCUACAAGAUAGAUAAAUUUUGAUCCAGAAUUGUGAGCAUGGCAUCAUUUUGGCAUGUGAUGCUCUGGAGAUGGACACUGGUUCCUUCAUUCCUGGUGCUUCUUUUGUGCGGGACACUCACAUUUGGAGAUGAUGACUUCAAUGCAGAGUCCUGGCUCCGGCUGUAUGGAUACCUCCCUCAGGCGAGUAGGCAGAUGUCCACUAUGCGAUCGGCUCAAAUCCUAUCCAAUGCCAUCAGUGACAUGCAGAGAUUCUACGGCCUGGAGGUCACAGGAGAGAUGGAUCCAGCAACUAUUAAAGCCAUGAGGAAGCCUCGCUGUGGGGUUCCGGAUAAGUUCGGGGGUCAAAUCAAGACUAAUGUUCGCAGGAAACGUUAUGCCCUCACUGGCCACAAGUGGGACAAAACCCACUUGACCUUUAGUAUACAAAACUAUACUCCUAAGAUUGGGGAGUACAACUCCUACGAAGCCAUUCGUAUGGCCUUCAAGGUGUGGGAGAAGGUAACCCCUCUGACGUUCGAAGAGAUUCCCUAUUUGGAGGUCAAAUAUGGCCGGCGAAAGGAACCUGACAUCAUGAUCUUCUUCGCCUCUGGUUUCCACGGUGACAGCUCCCCGUUUGAUGGCGAGGGAGGCUUCUUGGCACAUGCCUACUUCCCUGGUCCAGGGAUGGGCGGUGACACGCACUUCGACUCAGACGAGCCAUGGACAAUUGGAAAUGAGAAUUUGCAAGGAAAUGAUCUGUUUCUGGUAGCAGUGCAUGAGCUGGGUCAUGCUUUAGGUCUGGAGCACUCCAAUAAUCCUUUGGCUAUUAUGGCUCCCUUCUACCAGUGGAUGGACACGGAGAACUUCCAGCUUCCUGAGGACGAUCUCAAAGGCAUCCAGCGGAUCUAUGGACCACCUAACAGUUCCCCAACUCAGGCUCUUCCCACCGUGACCCCUCGCCGGCCCAACCAGCCUAAGAACCCACCAGGAGCCCCACCACGUCGUCCAGACCAACCACGCACCACUGACCGCCCGGAUCAGUAUGGCCCCAACAUCUGCGAGGGCAAUUUUGAUACGGUCACUGUGCUCCGUGGAGAGAUGUUUGUUUUCAAAGGUCGCUGGUUCUGGAGGGUCCGAAGAAACCGAGUACUGGAUAACUACCCCAUGCCCAUCGGCCACUUUUGGAGAGGUCUUCCAGGAGACAUUGAUGCAGCGUAUGAGAGACACGAUGGUAGAUUUGUCUUUUUCAAAGGGGAUCGGUUCUGGAUUUUCCGGGAGGCCAACCUGGAGCCAGGCUAUCCUCAGGAGCUGGUAGAUUAUGGCCGGGAUAUUCCUUAUGACAAAAUAGAGACAGCGAUCUGGUGGGAACCAUCAGGCUACACCUACUUGUUUAAGGGAGACAGGUACUGGCGUUUUAAUGAGCAGUCACGCGCAGUGGACCGAGACUACCCUAAACCAAUCAGUGUUUGGGAUACGUCAGUACCCAUAUCCCCCAAGGGAGCUUUCCUCAGCGAUGAUGGAGCUUACACGUACUUCUACAAAGGCAGCAAGUACUGGAAAUUCGAUAACCACAGGAUGAAGAGUGAGCCUGGAUACCCCAAAUCCAUUUUGAGAGACUUCAUGGGUUGCAACGUCGACCUGGAUCCCGACCGAGACACAGACGUAGACCCGGGAAAGAAGUGGCCUGACAGACCCCCCUUCAACCCAGACGCGGGCCAAGACAAGGACAAGGAGAAAGAAAAGGACAAGGAUCUAGAUCGCACCAACGAGGUGGACACCAAGGACGGGACGGAAAAGGAGACAAACGACGUGGACGUGGUGCUGAAGAUAGACGAAACGGAGCGCACCAUGAACAUCAUCAUGGUGACUGUGCCGCUGGUCCUGGUGCUGUGCAUCCUGGUGCUGAUCUACGCCAUCAUCAACACUCUGCAAAGGAAAGGAGCACCCAAGUACUUUGUGCACUGUAAGCGAUCCCUGCAGGACUGGGUUUAACUUAGACUCUUAGGUUUCAACUCUGACCUCUGAACCCUUGACCUCUCUUCCCUUUCAUCCAUGUCGUUUUUCAUCUUCCUAAUAUAUUUACAUUGCACACACACACACACCCCUUAUCCUCUGUUAUCCUAUGGUGCUGUCCUAAUGCAUUGACUGUAGUCUAUUUAUAUGAGAGUUUGCACAUUUGUUAUUGUUAUUUUCCUUCCAUUCAUCAUGGUUUUGUGUCCCCCCCCUCUUUUUCAUUCAAUUGUGCACAUUUCUUUUUAAUCUCUAAACAAGGAAAAUUUUCAUUGUGCUAUAAGAAACUGCCAUACAGCUUAGGAAGCCUACUCUGGAUGUGAAAAACUGAGAUGAGAGAAACCUGAAGCAUGCGCAGUACAAAAAAAAAAGGGAAGAAAAGGAGCCAAUCUCUGAGAUCUAAAUAACUGCUCCCUUUUACUCAGGAUUCAGCUGUCGUCUAUUCGCUGACUGGAGAAGCCAAACGGGAAAGACCUGUUGUAGAAAACAAUCCGUUUUCAACACGACUGGCCAUUUAGAGCUCUACUUGAGGCACGCUUGCCAACGAUGAAGAAAAUCCAAUGUGUUUUAUUGCCUUAGUCGAAGCACUCACACUAUUGUUUUAACAACGGUGCCUUGGUCUCGCCAGCCAAAAGCCUUCCUGUAGUUUUACUCCUAUAGGAGGAGCCCCUUGAUCUCCCUCGCGUGUUGCUUUCUCUCUAUGAUCCUAUGAUACUGUUUGACCGCAAUCUUUUAUUGUCAGAGGAGUGUAGCUCACGUGGUGCUUUUUCUUUAGGACAAAACAAGGCAGCGUACUGUGAAACCACACUGCAGGGGGACGGGAGGGAACAUAUGAGGUACUGGAUGCUGAAGGAGGUGGGGGUUUUUUUUUUGUUGUUGUUGUUGAUGUAGGAACCAUUAGCCAAGUGUAGGCUUGCUUUAAACAAUAUAAUCAAAUGCAUACACAAGAUAAGGCUUAUAAAAACAUACCACUAGUAUAGUAUAUACCACUUGAGAGGACCAAUUGAAAAAUAAAUAUAAGGCAUUUGCGUUUCUUGAGCUGCGGUCAUAAUUAAAGGCCUUGCUGGGCCUCUUUCUCUGCCCUGUUACAGGCUGUUAGAUAAUCCUCUCAUUUUAAAAACAGCAGGUGGGUAAAAACGUCGCUAACCUCCCACCAGGGUAACAUGAGGCCUUCUGCACCUAAGAAAUCCUACUCUGAUCUGCUGAGGCAUGUAGAGUAAGCAAGAGAGAGAGAGAGAGAGAGAAUGUGUGAUCGUUCAAAGGGAGGUGGUUCAGCUGUGGAAACCUUAUCUGCCAUUGGAAGAAGCUUACAGUGUUUUGCUCUAGAGACAACUUUACUAUAUACACAUUUCAAGGGUGGUGCAGAGGAGCCUGAGCUGCGAGAAUAUCCUCGUGAGGACAGCAAGGAAGAGGACGGAGCAGAUCCUCAUAUGGAAGCAGGCUGGCAUACGUUCAUGGCAUCCACUCUGCCACUGGUUAUUUCUGCACCACAUAUUUUUGAAUGGGAAACAGGAUCUGCUGCUGGCAUUCGGUCUCCGUCCAUUCAGCAACCACGAGGUGAUCUGGAUUCGACAUGUCGCUCGCACUCCUCAAGAUUCAAACCUGAACUUGGUUUUGAUUUGAUCGUUAGAUUCUUUUAAGUUGUAAAUUUUCACCAGAAAGCGAUUUGCUUAGCGUAACCUCGAAACGGCAAUUCACUUUAAUUCAUUCAUUGCACUUUUUUUUUUGGGAGAAAUGAAGCAGCUCUGUGCCAGGGUAGAAAGUUUCCGUGUUCACAAAGGCACAGAGGAUGGCGUAGAUGAGAGAGGGAAAGUGAGUGGUACUAUAAAUAUUGCCUUGUCGGGCAAGGUUGACUCGAGACCACUUUCAUAAAUAUUAUGGAGAGACUAGAGGAGACGGAGGACAGUCAUGACUUGCAUGCCAUUGCUGAUGGAGGCCGUUCAGCUCCCUUGCCAGGCAGUACCCUUCCCCCUCCGUUUGAAGAGGAGAGUUAAUCAGAGAUAAAAGCUGUUCCUCCUUUCCUCUCCUCUCCUCUCUCCUUUCCUCCAUCCCCUCCUUCUCAGAUCAAUGAAGAAUACACAAACAAUGCUUAUGGGGAUCCAGAAUUCGAGACUUCACGCUCAACCCCCGAUGUGUUCCCAUCCUAGCAGGCGUUUACUUGCUGCUCCGCACCUUUUGUGGCCUUGCUUCGAGAGACCUUCUGGCUGUUUUGGUGUACUAGCUGAUUAAUGUUAUCUUUGUGUUUGCUUAGGCAAUCGAAACCAAAUGCUCUGUCGAGGCUGUUUAAAGUGAACAUGUCCAGUAAACACACUGUUCAUGUGAAUCGUUCACAGAGGAAAGGCUCGCUUAAGAUCUUUAACCUUUGAUCACAGAUCUUUCCUGAAGCUAGAGCUAGCUGCGAGAGUACACUGAGCAUGAUCUGAAUCCUUAAUCAUUUUACAUGGUGGAGAUAAAACAGGAGUGAUUAUGCUGGAGAACGGCUAAUAGAUAAUCAAAGCUGUGCACAGAUCUGUGUAAUGAGAAUGUUAGUAUCCAUGCUUCAUUCUCUCACUCAUGUCAACUCCUGUACAAAUAACAAUGGACCCUCUUACUUCGGGCAUUAUUGUCCUGCAUAGUACUUAUUCUGGCCAACAGGAAGAAAGUCUGGGCUUUAAGCCAAAUCCAGGAAGCGUCCUCCCACAAUCGCUCACUCUUGCAUAGCAUUCUUAAAGGCAUUGUGGGUUUUAGUAAAAUAUUUCUUGAAGUUGCAGCUCAGUGAGUUUGUUUUUAAGUUUUUUUUUUAAGUAUACAUGUCUUUCUGCAACACGGAUCUCCACAAAUUAACAGACGGUGACCUUUCUCACUCUCUGUCUUUUGAUUUAUGCAUGAAACAAGAGUAGAUCUCUGUUAUUCAUCUGUCCUGCUAAUUUCUUUAAUCCCAUACUGUAAUUGCUAAAUAGAAGAAAGAAAGAAAAAAAAAAAACGAUGUCAUAGUGCCGGAAAUCUGUUAUAUUUUAACUGUAGCCUUGACAGUGUCAGGAUUUUUGUCAGUAUUAGGCCACUUGUGUCUGGACUGAGAAUAAUUUUCACUAUAGUUGUUAAUCUACACAUUGACCGUACGUCUGUUCCUGUAUCACUGUAUCGCAAAGCAUCUCACGUUACCCCAUGAGCCAAGUGUCAUGCCUUUUAACAAAGCAAAUCCAUGCACAGACUGAAUAAUUAAUCAAAUCAGGUAAAGAAAUAAAAGGCUCACUCGUGUUGCUAAAGCAAUGUCAUGACAAUGUUGUGCAACUUAUAUAGUGCUGCAAUUAUUUUUGGAAAAAGAAAAGGAAAAAAAAAAAACCUCAUGUUUAUUAAUAA